GAUCUAGUUUCGCGGAUCCUUACGGAAAUCCCGCUGCGGAAUACUAUCCCCCCCCCCCUAUAUGAUUAUAAUGAUCCACUGUUUUUACUGCUUCAGCGCACCCAAGUUAGGCGGCAUAGCGUUCAGGUUUAGUGAGUGAUCCUGCCAAGCUCUGGCAAUACCUUUGCGGGUCAUUACAAUCAUACAGGGGGGGUGGAUAGUAACAGUUGGGCGGCCCAUAAGAGUUUAAAGGUCACACCUGUGCUACUGUCAGUUGCUAGCGACAUGAGCAACUAUUCAGUUCCAUUGUUAGCUUCUUCUGCCUCGACUCUAUGCCACAAUAAAUGGCUGAAAUGGCAGCUUCGACCGCAUCUGUGCCAGAUCGUGGCGUACAAUUGAUGGUCCUCAUGUGGGUUAUGACAAUUUUGGCCAGUAUUACGGUUGUUAUGAGGUUUAUCUUCCGCGCACAAAAAUCUAUCAUCGGCUAUGAUGAUCUCUUCAUGUUCAUCUCGAUGAUUUGUUUCUUCGGGUGGACCAUCUCUCUUACACUUCUUUGUCUGAAAGGCGGGGAGAGACAUAUGGCCGAUGUGGGAGCCCUCGGGCCAGACAUCGUUGCGCAGGUCCAGUUGCUGAACUGGACAUCGCAAGUCUUCGGUAUCAUCGGCAUCGGGGCAGGCAAAGUUUCUGUUUCCGCCUUGAUUCUCACAAUCAUAAGGGACACACAACGGGCAUGGCAGAAGAUCUAUCUGUGGACGUUCUGCAUUGUUUUGGUCCUUUGUGUCAGCGUUUCAUGCUCGAUUCUUACCUUUGCGCAAUGUCGCCCAGCGGCUGCUUUAUGGGAUUCUAGGGUUGAGGGUACUUGCAUAAAGCCUACCGUCAUGGCUAGCUUUGGCAUCUUCACUGGAGCAUACAACACUUUCGUCGACGCUAGCUUAUCCUUGAUUCCUGCAACUAUUUUUUGGACUCUUCAGAUGGGCUUCCAAGAGAAGAUGACGUUAACAAUUGUGUUUGCCCUAAACAUCCUCACUUCAAUAUGCUCUGGCAUUAAAACCUCGUACCUCUCCGAGCUUGGCAACCGUACAGAUUUCACCUGGGCUACUUACGAUAUAUUCGCAUGGGUUACGGCAGAGUUCUUCCUCGUCAUCGUUUGCGGCUCCACGCCAACUCUGAGGCCUUUGAUUAGCCUCCUUCGCCGCCAGCUAGGAUAUACCUCAAAGGACUCGCGAAACUCGUAUCUGCGACACACUGGGGACUCUGGGGUCCCAUCAAAGGAUGCAUUCCAGCUCGACGGCUUCAGGCGAAACGUCGCAAGUGAAACCACCGUUUCCAAGGCUAACCUCACGGAGAAUUACGACGGGAACAAGAACUGGGAAGACAUGUCGCUCGCGGAGGAUAUUAGAGUUGAGAGAACGUAUCGGGUCCAGAUCAACAACAACGAUAGCCAGCAGGAAUUAAACGUCACUUGAAGUCUCGGUGUCAGCCAUAUCAAUUGUGUUACCGAGGUUCGUUCCUAGUAGAUCCACCUAAAGUCUCGCUCCCAGCUCCUUUAGCAGAUGAUACCAUAGCAAGUUUUAGACAAACGGUGAUGGCUUAAGAAUGGUUAUCAAUCGAUUUGAAAAUCUCGAGAUAGCCAUACUUACCGAGCCUACAUACUAGGACUGAGCUGUUUAGACCACCGAUCGACAGCUAAAGUGCGUGUCAAUCUGGGCCGGGUCCUCUUAGGUCUACGGUAUCAUACACCCUACAAGAAAUUCUUCCGCAAAUUGGCAUGAGCACGUUUUAUCAUAGCUGAGACUGGAAGACGUACAAUUGAUCGUUCUCAUGUGGGUUAUGACAAUUUUAGUUAGCAUUACGGCUAUUAUGAGUGUGUAUAUGAGUACUGCGACAUAUGACGACGACGGCUCUUACAGCUGCUAAAAAUGUGUUUGUUUCUCAUAAAAAAUCUAGAGG